GAGGUUUAAGGAAGUAAAGCUGCAAUCUUUGAGUUGGGUUUUGGUUUUCAGCUGCAUUUGGUAGUUUCAGAGGGGGAAAUUUGCUUGAUUUUGAUCCCAUUUUGAGUCUGUGUUGCUCUGUUUUGUUAUACUCUCUGCAUUUUGCAAGAAGAUUGGUUAUUUUUCUUGGUGGAAUGCUUUUUCUGCUGUCUUUCUUGGUCUAAAUCUUUAUGGGUUUUUGCCUUUUUGGUAUUUGGCUAGUUUCUAUUGAGUGUUCAAGUUGUAGUUCAUGGUUUGUGCUGUUCCUCUUCAUCUUUUUUUUUUAUUUUUCAGUAUAUACAUUUGAGAUUGUUUGUUUGCUAAGGAAGUCUGGGAAAUUAAGCAAUACAUGGUAUAUAGUACACUUUGAGUUUUUCUGAUGCUUUUUCUUUUUCCUGACUAAUGGGAUCUGACAAAACUAUGGCUUGUACCCAUUUAAGCCCAGAACCGACAGAUUUGAAUGAGCUGAUUUGAGACUUUGACACACUUUGAAUUUUUUUGUUCUUUCCAAAAUGUUCUUCAAUGACUUUUCACCACAUUGGAUUUCAAUUAAGAAGGGGGUUUCACCUCUAAAGAUAUGGGGUUUCAGUUAAGAAGGAAAAAUAUUAUGAGGAAGCGCGAGUUGGAUUUUGUGUUUAGCAUAGUUACAUGGGUUGCAAUUGCAUUAUGGGAAUGCAGACUAUUUGACUGUUACACAAGGGCAUUUGAAUGAAAUUGAUUUAGCCGGAUAGAUUUAGAACCAACAGCAUGGAGCAAUACGAAGUUCUGGAGCAAAUUGGGAAAGGGGCUUUUGGUUCUGCACUUCUUGUCAGGCACAAGCACGAAAAGAAGAAGUAUGUGCUCAAAAAGAUUCGUCUUGCUCGCCAGACUGAUAGAUCACGGAGAUCUGCACAUCAGGAGAUGGAGCUCAUUUCUAAGUUCAAAAAUCCAUUUAUUGUGGAGUAUAAAGAUUCUUGGGUCGAAAAGGGUUGCUAUGUAUGCAUAGUUAUAGGUUACUGUGCUGGCGGAGACAUGGCAGAAGCUAUAAAAAAGGCCAAUGGAAUUCUUUUUCCUGAAGAGAAAAUCUGUAAGUGGCUUGUCCAACUUCUGAUGGCACUCGACUAUUUGCACAAGAAUCAUAUUCUUCAUCGUGAUGUCAAGUGUUCUAAUAUCUUCUUAACAAAAGAUCAAGAUAUACGCCUGGGUGACUUUGGACUUGCAAAAAUGUUGACUUCAGAUGAUCUUGCCUCUUCUGUUGUGGGAACUCCUAGCUAUAUGUGUCCCGAACUUCUUGCUGAUAUACCUUAUGGUUCCAAAUCAGACAUUUGGUCUUUGGGAUGCUGCAUAUAUGAAAUGACUUCUCAUAGACCAGCGUUUAAAGCAUUUGAUAUACAAGCACUUAUUACCAAAAUUAAUAAGUCUAUAGUGGCUCCCCUUCCCACAAAGUACACUAGUGCAUUUCGAGGCCUUGUUAAAACCAUGCUUCGGAAAAACCCAGAACUCAGGCCAAGUGCUGCAGAGCUGCUCCGUCACCCAUACCUUCAGCCUUAUGUUCAAAAGGUUCAUCUCAAAAUCAACAGCCCCAAUUACUUGAAGAAAACUAGAUUUUCUGAGACAGAAGAUGUUCGAUACUCAACAUACCAGGAGAAGCAGCGUAUAUUAAGCAAUGAUAGGACUUUGAAUCCUAGUAUUUCUGGAGGUGAGCAAGAUUUUAUGUGCUCUACUCAAGACAUGAAUGACAAGUUCAAUUAUCUGAAUCAAGAAUUCACAGGAUCAUCUGUUGGUGUCACCCAUAAAAAGGCAGCCAUUCGCAAGCAGCCAAUUGCUUCCAAAACUUCAAAUAAUGUCUGGACUCAAAAAAUUACUCCAGCAAAAGCUUCUGCCACUCCCAAGAGAUGGAUGGAGCCAAAGAAUCGCUCAUCGCUUCCUGUUUCACGCACUCAGGACAAAGCAGUAACUACAACUCGCAGAGCAUCAUUGCCAUUCUCAACAAGACCUGCAAUUAAACAAUCCCCUUUCCGGCCUAGUGUUGGUGUCCUACACUGUAUUAAAUCUCCUGAUGUCUCUGUCAAUUCCCCUCGAAUUGACAGGAUAGCUGAAUUCCCAUUAGCAUCAUAUGAAGAACAAUUGUAUGAAGAACAAUUUUUGCCUACCCGUAGAGGCUCACCAACCUCUGUGCAAGGCUCAUGUGGCUCCCCACAAUCUGGUGACCGUUCAAUCAUGAAAGACAAGUGCACAGUUCAGAUAUUCGAUAAAGCCUCUCGCAGGCUUAGUUUCACAGGUGCAUGGCAGGGAAUUGACCGUAGCAUGUUUCAAGUUGAUAGAGAAAAUCGAAGUGAUGCAUGUUCUGACCAGAAUGCAACCGCUGGUGGAGCUUCAAGCCGGACCUCAUCAGACACACGCCGCCGAUUUGACACCUCAUCGUACCAACAAAGGGCUGAAGCUUUGGAAGGGUUGCUCGAGUUUAGUGCAAGGUUGCUCCAAUAUGAAAGAUAUGAAGAGCUUGGGGUGUUGCUGAAGCCUUUUGGUCCUGGCAAGGUGGAUCCUAGGGAAACUGCUAUUUGGUUAACUAAGAGCAUCAAGGAAAAUACUGUCAAACAGGAUGAUGAGAUUAAUUAGAGAUCCAAAUUGCCAAUGAGCUGAUGCCACGCGUCCGGCAUGUAUCAUAUUUCUGACUAAUAGUUUUUGUAGUUCUGAGGUUUUGUUCUCAGUUUUCUGAAGAGGAAUUAGGCAUCUAGUCAGAUGUUCAUUUUGUAGGCUAUGAUCUCAGACUAGUCAUCACUGUGGACUCAAUUUAGUUUGAGAACUGUAAUUUGGUAAUGAGAAGUAAUUUUUCAUUGUAUUUA